AUCCACUAUAAAACCUAAAGCCCAUUAAAGACCCACUAUAAACCAUUAUCAAAGCCCAUGAGAAAGUUUUGAAAAGAGAAUUUAUUUUUAUGCGUGCGUAUCAAACUGGACCACCAAACGUUAGGACAAGAUUUUGUCGACAACGACAUGCGUGAAUGUCAUAGGACUCAAUAAAUGUAGUGCCAUACAAGUCUCGCGAUGUCGCUCCCUUUGACAAUCCACUCCCCUUCAAACGCUGUCGUUCUCACGAAGGCUACCAACCAAACUCUUCUCUCACUAGACAUGCACCACUAAAAAGCAUGGGACCUCACAAGGGCGUUUUCGUAAUUUAAAAUCUCCUUAAAAAAAACGAUUACGUCUAGAGAGAGAGAGAGAGAGAGAGAGAGAGAGAGAGACCACAACUUCCACGGCGAAGAAGAAGAAGAAGAAGAAGAAGAGAAACUCUUUUAUCUCAUCGUCUCUAUCUCUAUGUGUCUAAUGGCGUUAUCUGAUGCGGUUCUUGGGAAUCUUGCGACGAUCUACGUGGCGGUGAUCAUAGCGAUCAAAGUCUAUGGAUUAAUCUCCGGUCAGAGCUUCAGCGCAGGGUUUGUAGUCGUCCUCUCGAUAACGACGGUUGGUGUUUUGCUCGCGGUCACGCUCGCUUGGGACGUGUCUCGUAGAGCCGCUGAUGCGGUUUCUCGGUACAACCGCGUUGUAGCCGGAGAGGAUCUAAGAAGCCACCGUCAUAGUCACGACGGUGGUGGUGGAAUUUGUAAAGGAGGGAUUUGUUGGCACGGUGUUGCGGUUAGGUCACCGGCUUCUCAGGUUCGGUUUAGGCUUCCACAACAUAUACCGUACGGAGCGUUUUGAGUACAUAAAAGGUUGUAUAGAUUAUAUUAUGUUUUUUUUUUUUGUAUAAUAGGAGUGAUGAGGAUAUGGUAUUGUUGUGAAGUUGAGAGUUUUUUUUUGGUUUUGUAUUUGAUAAUGUUGUAAUUUCUUAUAGUUGUGAUGAUUAUAUUAUGAAUUUUCUUGUUUUUUGAUGAUAUCGAUUUUGAGCAAUAAAGUUUGAGAGCUUUUUUUGGGGAAUUUAAGAUUGUUUUGUGAGAAGUGGAUUGUAACUUUGUAAGUUGUCUCAGUUUUGUAUCUUGUUAAUAGAGGUUGAAGUCUCAUGUUAAUAAGCA